GCUGGCUUUAUAUACAACCUUCACUUAUUCGCUUAACGUUCGUCAUGCUCCGCAGACUUGCUCCCGCACUGGUGCUCCUCUCGGUUCUGAAAAGUCCUCACGUCCUUGCUGCGCCGGCUGUAGUUUCGCUGCUCGUCCCGUUCGCCUUGCCCGACGAAGCGAUCUCCGCCAGCUUCCUCGGUGACGACGGACAAGGACACUCAUCCUAUGCGCUCGGCGUUGGGGCUGCCAGUGGAGCGUUCACCAACACGGCGACUAUCAAUGGUGUCCUCAUUGCGGGUCCGACGGACGUACAGCUAGUCGGCGUAGACCUCACCACCGUCAUUGACGGGGCGACCGCCGUCGUCACCGGCUCUGCGGACUGCGCGUUCCCCACCGGGGCGGUGGCCGGCAGCUCCGUCCAAGCCAGCUGCAACCUGGCCGGGCAGGGCGUCGUCAACGCACCGGGGGGCGUCCAGUCCGAGAACAACGUCCAAGACUCGUUCCCGCAGACGAUCAUGCCUAUCAUCGGGCUGCAGCUCCCCGACAGCGGCCCGGGCGCCCUUCCUGGGGGCGGGCCCAGUGCGAGUGCCACCGCCUCGCCCUCGCAGAACACGGGUGGGGCGGCCCCUAGUGCAACGGGGGGCGCGGCUAGCCCGAGCGGCUCUCCUGCGAAGAGUACUUCGGGUGGGGGAUCUGCGGCGCCGAGCGGGAGCGGCUCCAGCGGCGCGUCGAGUCCCUCUCCGACCCACAAUGGCGCGAUGGAGGGUGGGCUCGUGAAGGGUUCUGGAUGGGGUGUCGUCGUUGCGGCGGGUCUUGUGCUCGUGAGCCUGCUGUGAACGAAAUCGAUAUGAUAUUAAAGCCUGUGUACGACUGCCUGCUUGACCAGCACUAGGAGAGCGAAUCAUGAUGUAUACAUUAUAGCGAUUCAAU